UUGCUUGGUGAUCACAGUGGACUUGCUAAAGCGCACGGAAAUUUAGGAAAUACUUAUAAAGCAAUAGGUAAUUUCGAUAGCGCUUAUGAACACGUCGUAGCGCACUUGCGAUUAGCGCGAGAAAUUGGUGAUAAGGUCAGUGCGAUUCUGCCUCUUUUGCUUCUCAAGAAUUUGCGAAGAUUCGAGUACCAUUGUCAAAGCUUGUCAUUUUAUCAUUGGGGCUAA